CGGUGUAGUGGGGAGCACGGUGUAGGGGUUAGGAGCACCGUGCAGGGCUUAGCGUGAGGCAGGAGCAAGGGUUACUAGGGGCAUAAGCGCAAGGGGUUAGCACGAGGCAGGUGCCAAGGGUCUUGAAGGUUCGGGGUCUCGUACAGUACAAUUGACGGACGGACACGAGUACAUGAGCAGCAUCCUGAGUCCUGACAUAGACGACAUUCCCUCCCUCUUCAGAGCGCGAGGCUGGCGGAUCCACCGGAUUCAACGAGAAUGCAACAAAAAUGCCAAGUCAGGCAGGCUGCCCUCCACACCCGAACUUGAACAUGGGCAUCGGAUCGAAGGAAGUUUUGAUUGGCAUAAUGUUUUGGGAUUAGCAUUGACAAGGAAUACUGGACGCAAACGGAAGGUUGUCUGAUAGAAGCGAUAUAGAUGGGCCAGUGCAUGGCUAUCCAAUGUACUUGUGCUGCGGGAUAUGUAUCAUUCAUCAACUGGCCGCUUGAGCUCAACCCUGCAGUCAGCCUGAGCACUAAAAUGUCUUCCUCAGCGCAGGACCAAAUCGACCUCGGGAACACGUUUGGGGCACUUUUUGUCGGGGUCAUUCUUGCAUCAGUUCUCUUUGGUCUAAGUAAUGUUCAAGCUUUCCUCUACUUUCAGACGCAUAGGGGCACCGGGAUAUCAUUCCAUAUUUUAGCCGUCAUCUUGCUAUGUGCACUCACAGAUAUUGUAUGGAGCUUCAAACUUCAGAUAGUCAUCGAUGUUUUACUCGUCUAUGGUGUGCAAGUUAUGUAUGCUUAUCGCAUAUGGAUAAUCAGCAAGGGCCGAUCAAGAACUGUCCCUAUCAUAGUGUGGAUAAUCGUGGUACUGAUUUCAGGUCCUGCCAUUUUCGCUGCUUGGAGCAUAUAUCAGUGCCAUGUGUUCACGGAUUUGGUCAAAUUCGAGUGGGUGACAUUUAUGGUUCUAGGAACGACCACUUUCCUCGAUCUCGUCAUUGCAUCAUCGCUAUGUUAUCUCCUCGCUACCUCCCGUACCGGGUUCUCCAGCACCGAUUCCUUCAUAACAAAGCUGAUGGGUUACAUCAUUAAUACUGGCUGUCUGACGAGUAUGUGUUCAAUGGCAGCUAUUAUUACAUGCGCAGUGAUGCCGAGCGACUUCAUCUUUCUCGGUCGGCGCAGACCCCAUCGAUCGUUCUGAAUUCAACAUGCUCCCCGGCGUGUACCGCCCGGAGCUGCACAUUAAGCCGUUGCAAGACGGGGAACUCCAGGCAUCUCAGAAGAACAUGUUUGAAUAUCCCGGCGACGAAGUGGUGCACUCUACUCAAUCUGUCAAGCAGCCGAUUGAGGUGGCGGUGGAGAUGGA